AUGUCAACGCGGCUCGUUUAUCAACAGUGUGUCGACGAAUGCACAUCUAUCCAGGAUAUCGUUACUUCUAUUCUCUCCAUAAAGGAUGAGCCAACUAAUCUUAUUGAGAAGCGCAGGCGUUUUGAUGCCCUCCAGUCUGAUGGUCGAAAGCACUUGUCAGCUCUAAAAUCAUUUAUAGGGAAACUAGAUCAAAUUCUUGAUUUGACUGCAACGCCUGCGAAUCGGAAAAAGCUUGACGCUAUUGAAAACCAGUAUGCGUCAUUCUUGGAGUUAUUUAGGAAGGCAAUCUACACCACCAGCAAGAGUCUUGAGAUCUCAGAGCGCAGCGCUCUCCUUUCCAACCCCUACCGCAGUUCUAACUUUGGCGGUGACAGUGACUUUCACAACCAGCUGGAGGCCUCCCUACAACUCACCACUGAUAUGCGUCUGCACGCCCGCCGUCUGGCCGAGGAGGUAGCCCGUGGCAACGCCAACGCUGAGUUGGUGGAUAACUCCUCUAACCAGGUGGAGGAGAAUUUGCGUGAAUUAAAGGAGAUGGGUGGACAAUUAAAGGUUUCGGCGCGACUGGGUGGACAGCUGUCGAGGCGACGCAUCAUUGAUUGCUUCAUCUUCAUUAUGGUUUUUGGCUUUUUCUACCUUACUUGUGCCCAUAUUGUGCUGAAGAGGCUCUUUUUCUAUAGGCUGUUUGGAAAGGGCGGUGUGGAGCAUGUCUGCCUGCGCGGCAUGGGUCAGGUCAGGGGCUGCUUAAAGGGCUUGGAGGACGUGCCCUCCAACAAAAAUACAAAGACGGAAUCAAAUAAAGUUACACAGCCCUCCUCUCGCUACAGCUUCGUCCCCGGCGCUCUCCUUGGGCAAUCUCUUGUGCCGACCACUUAA